UCCUUUCCCGCGAAGGACCCUCAGGCGCCGCGCGGGCAGCCCCGGCUGGGCCCGGCAGAGGCGGCGGCGCGCUGUGAAGAGUCAUCCUCCGGCCGAAUCCCUUGGCGAGUGUCCCCCCACCCCUCCUCUGAAGAUGGCCGACUCCACCGGUGCCGCGGAGGCGCGUCCGAACCGGGCCGAGGGGCCGAGAAGAUAGAAAUGAAACAGCUGUGAAAGAGGCCCACCAGUGGACAUGAGUCACUCCACCGCAGAAGACCCCCCUCCGGGAGAGGAGACCCCAGCGGAGACCUCGGCCCCCGUGGCGCCCCCGGGAGACAGCGGUGGGCCGGCCCUGGGGGUCAUCACGGAAGGGGUGGGCGAGCUGGCCGUGAUCGACCCCGAGGUGGCCCAGAAGGCCUGCCAGGAGGUCCUGGAGAAGGUCAAGCUGAUGCACUGCGUCUCGCCGGACGGCUCCAUCCGGGCCAAGGACAGGAAGGGCGGGGGCCGCUGGCCGGGGCUGAACGGCGACUGCUGCGAGAUCAAGUGCCUGGACGACCCCCCCGAGAAGAUCUGGGAGGAGGACGAGCAGCCCCCCAACUCCGUCAAGGGCGUCCGGCUGCGCCAGAAGAACAACUCGGCCAAGCAGUCGUGGCUGCUGCGGCUCUUCGAGUCCAAGCUCUUCGACAUCUCCAUGGCCAUCUCCUACCUCUACAACUCCAAGGAGCCCGGCGUGCAGGCCUACAUCGGCAACCGGCUCUUCUACUUCCGCCACGAGGAGGUCGGCUUCUACCUGCCGCAGCUGCUCAACAUGUACAUCCACAUGGACGAGGACGUGGGCGACGCCAUCAAGCCCUACAUCGUGCACCGCUGCCGGCAGAGCAUCAACUUCUCCCUGCAGUGCGCCCUGCUGCUGGGCGCCUACUCCUCCGACAUGCACAUCUCCACCCAGCGCCACUCGCGCGGCACCAAGCUGCGCAAGCUCAUCCUCUCCGACGAGCUCAAGCCGGCCGCCCGGAAGAGGGAGCUCCCCCCGCUGGGGCCGGCCCCCGAGGCCGGGCUCUCCCCCACCAAGCGGACUCACCAGCGCUCCAAGUCGGACGCCACCGUCAGCGUCAGCCUGGGCAGCAACCUGAAGCGCACCGCCAGCAACCCCAAGGUGGAGAACGAGGAGGAGCCCGUCCGCCUGGCCCCCGAGCGGGAAUUCAUCAAGUCGCUGAUGGCCAUUGGGAAGCGGCUGACCACUCUGCCCACCAAGGAGCAGAAGACGCAGAGGCUCAUCUCCGAGCUCUCCCUGCUCAACCACAAGCUGCCCGCCCGGGUCUGGCUGCCCACCGCCGGCUUCGACCACCACGUGGUACGAGUGCCCCACACCCAGGCGGUGGUCCUGAACUCCAAGGACAAGGCUCCCUACUUGAUCUACGUGGAAGUACUUGAGUGCGAAAACUUUGACACCACGAACGUCCCAGCCCGGAUCCCCGAGAACCGGAUCCGCAGCACCCGCUCGGUGGAGAACCUGCCCGAGUGCGGCAUCACCUACGAGCAGCGCGCCAGCAGCUUCACCACCGUGCCCAACUACGACAACGACGACGAGGCCUGGUCUGUGGACGACAUCGGGGAGCUGCAGGUGGAGCUGCCCGAGUUACACACCAGUAGCUGCGACAACAUCUCGCAAUUCUCGGUGGACAGCAUCACCAGCCAGGAGAGCAAAGAACCGGUUUUCAUUGCUGCAGGAGACAUCAGGCGGCGUCUCUCUGAGCAGCUGGCCCACACGCCCACCUCCUUCAAGAGGGACCCCGAAGACCCCUCGGCCGUCGCCCUGAAGGAGCCCUGGCAGGAGAAAGUGAGGCGGAUCCGAGAGGGCUCCCCUUACGGCCACCUGCCCAACUGGCGGCUCCUGUCCAUGAUUGUCAAGUGCGGGGACGACCUCCGUCAGGAGCUGCUAGCCUUCCAAGUGCUCAAGCAGCUGCAGGCCAUCUGGGAGCAGGAGAGAGUCCCGCUGUGGAUCAAGCCUUACAAAAUCCUGGUCAUCUCCGCCGACAGCGGCAUGAUCGAGCCGGUGGUCAACGCCGUCUCCAUCCACCAGGUGAAGAAGCAGUCCCAGCUCUCCCUGCUGGACUUCUUCCUGCAGGAGCACGGCCAGUUCACCUCCGAGGGCUUCCUCACCGCCCAGCGCAACUUCGUCCAGAGCUGCGCCGGCUACUGCCUGGUCUGCUACCUGCUGCAGGUGAAGGACAGGCACAACGGCAACAUCCUGCUGGACGCGCACGGCCACAUCAUCCACAUCGACUUCGGCUUCAUCCUCUCCAGCUCCCCCCGUAAUCUGGGUUUCGAAACCUCGGCCUUCAAACUGACCGCCGAGUUUGUGGAUGUGAUGGGCGGCAUUGGGGGAGACAUGUUCAACUACUUCAAGAUGUUGAUGCUUCAGGGCCUGAUCGCCGCUCGCAAACACAUGGACAAGGUGGUGCAGAUCGUGGAGAUCAUGCAGCAAGGCUCCCAGCUUCCUUGCUUCCACGGCUCCAGCACCAUCCGGAACCUGAAGGAGCGCUUCCACAUGAACAUGACGGAGGAGCAGCUGCAGGUGCUGAUCGAACAGCUGGUGGACGGCAGCAUGCGCUCGCUCACCACCAAGCUCUACGACGGCUUCCAGUACCUCACCAACGGCAUCAUGUGACGACCGGAACCAAACCUUCCCUUCCGGCGGCUCUCCUGUCUCCCCACCCCUUCCUCCUCCUCCCGGCCCAGGGUCCGGGACAGACUGGACGGAGGCCGCUGGGCUGGGCCUCUGCAAGAAAGAGGGAGGCAGCCGCAGGAGGGGCCCUGGGAGACUUUGGAUUGUAAAUGGGGAUUGGGGGGGGCAUUGCGUCUCCCUCCCACCCCCAAACGUGAAGGAUCAUGCACAAGGACCUUGUCAAGAUUCGCCUCCGGAGGAGGGACAGAACCGAGAGUCGCGCUCUCCCCGGCGGCCCCUUCCUCGGAUCUUUUUUAUUUCAGUAUUACAACUCCUCCUCCUCCUCCUCCUCUGUGUCCCCCUGUUUUCCAGCCCCUCGCCUGUAUUUUGGGGGGGUCCAGCGGGGGCGGGGGGAGAUGGAAUGGGGUUGGGAGGAAGGAGCCCCCCCUUUAGGGCUCCAUUUCUCCCGUGCAGUUGGGGAGUAUUCCCCCACCUCCGGACUCGCACAAGGCGCGAGAGAGAGUGUGUAUGUGUUUGUGUGAAUGUGUGUGUACCUUGUGUCACUAAUGAAGUGGUUCCCCCCCCCCCCUACCCAUUUUCCUCCCUGGAGAGUUGAAUGCAAAGAUGGGGUGCUAAGCAUCGCUCUUCCCCGAUUCUUCACUGCUUGAAGCACAACUCCAGCCUCCCUUGAAUUGGGGGUGGGGGCAUUGGCAGGAUAUCUCCCCAUCCCUGGGGGGGGGGGGGAGGAAGCGUGGAAUGCAGCUGAUGGGUGACAGGUUCAAGCCCCCUCCACCAGAUUGCUGCAAGAAUUUAGGGGUCCACAAAUAUGCCCUGGGAAGCCCCCCCCCCAUUAACAGGGGCCUGCUCCAAGUCUUUCCCCUUGGGGUGGGCUGGGGGCUUAAGACCCCAAGAUUCCCCAGCUUGCCCUUGGCCAAACCAACUUCCUCUCUAGGAAUGGAGCAGGAGCCCCUUCCUCUUCCAGCAGCCAUGUCUCCUUACAGGCA